GGUCGAUGACGUCACGAGACGACCCCUGAACCAGGAAGUGACGUCGGGAGUCGACUCCGUGCGUCUCUGAGCAGAGGUUGAAUGACAAGAAGCAGUGACUCAAGACAGGCAGGUGCUAGAAGACACGAAUGCGAGCAGUGUCCAUACGACAUGAGCCACACUGGACACAUGAAUCUGCACCAGAAGUCACAAAUAGCGAAGAAGCACUUCAAGUGCACUACUUGUGAGAAGGCAUUCAGACGGUCAUCUCACCUUAAUAUUCAUCAGAGAACACACACAGAUGAGAAGCCAUUCCAGUGCACUAUGUGUGAGAAGGCAUUUAGACAGUCAUCAGAACUUCAAAGUCACCAGAGAAUACACACAGACGAGAAGCCCUUCAAGUGCACUACCUGUGAGAAGGCAUUCAGACGGUCAUCUCACCUUAAUAUUCAUCAGAGAACACACACAGAUGAGAAGCCAUUCCAGUGCACUACCUGUGAGAAGGCAUUCAGACGGUCAUCUCACCUUAAUAUUCAUCAGAGAACACACACAGAUGAGAAGCCAUUCCAGUGCACUAUGUGUGAGAAGGCAUUUAGACAGUCAUCAGAACUUCAAAGUCACCAGAGAAUACACACAGACGAGAAGCCCUUCAAGUGCACUACUUGUGAGAAGGGAUUUAGACGGUCAUCUCACCUUAAUAUUCAUCAGAGAACACACACAGAUGAGAAGCCAUUCCAGUGCACUAUGUGUGAGAAGGCAUUUAGACAGUCAGCAGAACUUCAAAGUCACCAGAGAAUACACACAGACGAGAAGCACUUCAAGUGCACUGUGUGCGAGAAGGCAUUCAGACGGUCAUCUCACCUUAAUAUUCAUCAGACAACACACACAGAUGAGAAGCCAUUCCAGUGCACUAUGUGUGAGAAGGCAUUUAGACAGUCAUCAGAACUUCAAAGUCACCAGAGAAUACACACAGACGAGAAGCCCUUCAAGUGCACUACUUGUGAGAAGGGAUUUAGACGGUCAUCUCACCUUAAUAUUCAUCAGAGAACACACACAGAUGAGAAGCCAUUCCAGUGCACUAUGUGUGAGAAGGCAUUUAGACAGUCAUCAGAACUUCAAAGUCACCAGAGAAUACACACAGACGAGAAGCCCUUCAAGUGCACUACUUGUGAGAAGGGAUUUAGACGGUCAUCUCACCUUAAUAUUCAUCAGAGAACACACACAGAUGAGAAGCCAUUCCAGUGCACUAUGUGUGAGAAGGCAUUUAGACAGUCAGCAGAACUUCAAAGUCACCAGAGAAUACACACAGACGAGAAGCACUUCAAGUGCACUGUGUGCGAGAAGGCAUUCAGACGGUCAUCUCACCUUAAUAUUCAUCAGACAACACACACAGAUGAGAAGCCAUUCCAGUGCACUAUGUGUGAGAAGGCAUUUAGACAGUCAUCAGAACUUCAAAGUCACCAGAGAAUACACACAGACGAGAAGCCCUUCAAGUGCACUACUUGUGAGAAGGGAUUUAGACGGUCAUCUCACCUUAAUAUUCAUCAGAGAACACACACAGAUGAGAAGCCAUUCCAGUGCACUAUGUGUGAGAAGGCAUUUAGACAGUCAUCAGAACUUCAAAGUCACCAGAGAAUACACACAGACGAGAAGCCCUUCAAGUGCACUACUUGUGAGAAGGCAUUCAGACGGUCAUCUCACCUUAAUAUUCAUCAGAGAACACACACAGAUGAGAAGCCAUUCCAGUGCACUAUGUGUGAGAAGGCAUUUAGACAGUCAUCAGAACUUCAAAGUCACCAGAGAAUACACACAGACGAGAAGCCCUUCAAGUGCACUACUUGUGAGAAGGGAUUUAGACGGUCAUCACAACUUAAAACUCACCAGAGAACACACACAGGCGAGAAGCCGUUCAAGUGCACUGUGUGUGGAAAGGGAUUUGCAGAUUCAAGAAAUGUUUUGCAACAUCAGAGAACACACUCGUGCGAUAAACCUUUCAAGUGCACUUUGUGUGAGAAGGCAUUUAAACGCUCAUCACAACUUCAAAUUCACCAGAAAACACACACAGGCGAGAAGCCCUUCAAGUGCACUGUGUGUGGUAAAGCAUUUACACAGUCAGGAUGUCUUGCCAUUCACCAGAGACAACACACAGGCGAGAAGCCCUUCAGUUGCACUGUUUGUGGUAAAGCGUUUACACGGUCAGUAUUUCUUAAUGUUCAUCAGAUACAACACACGGGCGAGAAGCCCUUCAAGUGCACUAUGUGUGGUAAAGCAUUUACACACUCAAGAUCUCUUAACAUUCACCAGAGAAAACACACGGGUGAGAAGCCCUUCAAGUGCACUGUGUGUGGUAAAGCAUUUACACAGUCAAGAUGUCUUAACAUUCACCAGAGAACACACACAGGCGAGAAGCCCUUCAACUGCACUGUGUGUGGUAAAGCAUUUACACAGUCAAGAUCUCGUAACGUUCACCAGAGAAAACACACAGGCGAGAAGCCCUUCAAGUGCACUGUGUGUGGUAAAGCAUUUACACAGUCAGGAUCUCGUAACGUUCACCAGAGAAAACACACAGGCAAGAAGCCCUUCAAGUGGACUGUGUGUGGGAAGGCACAUGCAAGGUCAGACGACCAAAAUAGACAUGAGAAGAUCUAUGUGGAGACGGAGGUAGAAUCGAGAAGUGAAAGUGCUGCAUUGGGUCCAUCUAGCAUGCAACAAGAAGCAGAAGACGACCCCAGUUUAGCAACGUGGCCAGCAGUGAAGGUGGAACGUAAAGAAGUGAAGAUGGAAUGUGAAGAGGUGAAGGUGGACUGUGCAGAGGUGAUGGUGGACUAUAAAGAAGUGAAGGUGGAAUGUGAAGAAGUGAAGGUGAAAAAUCAAGAUGACUCAUCUCAAGGACCCGACCUCCAGGUGGAUGGAGCAAGCGUGAAGCAUGAGGCAAAUUCAGACUCUGAGGGAGGGCCAGGCGACCCCCAGGAGUUUGUGGAUGUGGAGGUGUGGGUGGAGUUUUUGGGGGUGUGAUCGUUUAGUGGUCAGCACGCAGCUCUACGAGCCUGGCAACCCGAGUUUAAUUCCCGUUCACGGUUUACAUCGGUGACAAUGAUCUGAAUCGGUCCUGGGCCUCCCCAAGGUCAACUCGGCCUCAAAUGAGUACCUGGGGUGGUGCCUAAACAACACUGGGUAGAUCAAGGCAAGUCGAGCGUAGCGCUAGCCACCCACUCCCUCGCAUGCCAUCGUCAUGAUCAUGCAGUGCGUCCCCAAGGACGAUGACCUCUUACAUCGGGAGUCGGUAAUCUUUCGUCAUUUCACGUGGUUCUUCUGUUUGGUUCCUGUGAGUUUGCUUUUGACUAGCAAGACCUGUGAUUGGACGACACAUCUUUCCACAUAGGUCACAUGCACAGUGGGCUGAGGGUAACUCCUGAGAUUCAGAUGCACUGGUCGAUACUGUAACCACUUCUAACCCGCAUCUCCCGGCUUAGUGUUUCUCUGUGUCAUUAACAUGUCUCUCAAGCAAUUGAGUAGCUUCAGCCAAGGCUGUGCGCCAUUGCUCUCUGUUUUUGGCGAGAUUUUCCCUUGAAUCUACCGAAAUUCCCCAUCUCAAAUUUGAGUGAAAUACAUCCUUAAAGUGGCAGGUACUGACCUCCUCUACUUCGGGAGUCCUUUUGCAAUUUAGUGUAGAGCUAUUGUUUCGGGAGGCUUUUUUCCUCCCAUUCUGAGAGUGUCCAGCCCAGCGAAGUUGGGAAACGGUGACCAUAGUUGACACAGCAGCCAUUCCAGUUCUAGCAAGGUCUGCCGGAUGUUGUAAAUGGCGAUGGUAAGGAGUCCAAUUUUCAGAACUAUGAAGGAGAGCUACUCCUUUAAACACUGCACUUUGUGCACAUGGUGAUGCCUGGCUUGUUCCAUAGAUGCUCUCUAAGGCGACCGAAAGCAGACGAGGCUCAGCUUAUUACAAUUUUAAUCUCUUGGUCCAGAUUACCAUCGCUUGUCACUGUACUUCCCAGAUAUGUGAACUUGGUGAUUGAGUUAAGUUGGUGUUGGACAAUGUGGAGCCUUGCUCCAGCUUCACUGAUCCCAGAAGCCGGUUGAUGCAUUUCCUCAGUUUUAUUGAGGACCACAGUGAGACCAAAUUAUCUGGCUGAAUUGGAAAUGUAGCUGUCUGGCCCACUUCAGUGUUUUCAACCAAGGCACAGUCAUCUGCAUACUAAAGUUCACGUACUAUGAUCUCCCUGAUGUGAAAUUGUCAUGCGUAACCAUGGCACGUUAUGAAGCCCAGAAACUGUGCGGGACUGGAUAGCCACUACUACUUUCAGAUCCUUCAUAGCCUCAUCAAGCAUAGUGGCAAAGAA